AACAGUGAGAAAGGAAGUAUCAUGGCAACGUUGACACAGAAGCAAGCUAAAGAAAAGGAGCUUACGGAUCAGUGGACAGAAAAGUGGAGCGAAACUCACACUAUUCUUCAAGAACAAAAAACACUUGGCCUGAGGAAGGCUGGACAUGGUGUCAUUCUGGAUUCAGAACGACCACAUCUUGUGGUGAUUGAUGACAACUUGCUGACUACUGGAGUUACCUUAUAUCAUUUGAAUGAUGGUACAACAACCAUUGGUUCAUUGCCAACACAGGAUAUUAGAUUAGAGGGUGGUGAAGUAUUGGAAGAACAUUGCACAAUUCAUCUUGUUGAUGGUGAAGCUACAUUAGAGUCACGUCCUGACGCACAGUGCUGGGUCAAUUCUCAGUUUGUGGAUAAACCAAGUAGGCUGACACAAGGGUGUGUAGUAGUCUUAGGUGGAAGCCAUAUGUUUCGAUAUAAUGACCCCCAAGAAGCGCUAGAUUAAGGAAGGAAGGAAACAAAACUCACCUCAACCUUUCUCGUCUCUCAUUUUUAUCAAGAUCGACGACUGAUUUAGUCAGAUCUUUUGAUAAUCU